GGAGGCAGGCAAAGCAGCAGGUGAGGGUGUAGCUGAAAGACUAUGUCCACAAUGGUCUACCCCAGGGAGGAGAAGAUGGAUAAACUGAGCCAGGAGGAGAUAAUCUCUAACACCAAACUCGUGAUGCAGGGGCUAGAGGCCCUGAAGAAUGAACACAAUUCGAUCUUGCACAGCCUGCUGGAAACCAUCAAGUGUCUGAAGAAGGAUGAGGAAGCCAACCUAGUGCACGAGAAAGCCAACCUGCUACGCAAGUCAGUGGAGAUGAUUGAGCUGGGGCUUGGUGAGGCUCAGGUGAUGAUGGCCCUGUCAAACCACCUGAAUGCAGUGGAGUCAGAGAAGCAGAAACUGCGGGCUCAAGUGCGGAGGCUGUGCCAGGAGAACCAGUGGCUUCGGGACGAGCUGGCGAACACCCAGCAGAAGCUGCAGCGCAGCGAACAGACAGUGGCGCAGCUCGAGGAAGAAAAAAAGCACCUGGAGUUCAUGAACCAGCUAAAGAAAUAUGAUGAGGAUGUGUCCCCUUCGGAGGAGAAGGAAGGCGACUCCACAAAGGAUUCCCUGGACGAUUUGUUUCCAAAUGAAGAAGAAGAUCAUGGCCAAGGCUUGCCGCAUCAGCACAGCAGUGCAGCAGCGGCUGCCCAGCAAGGUGGCUAUGAGAUCCCUGCACGCCUGCGGACGCUCCAUAACUUGGUGAUCCAGUACGCUUCACAAGGGCGCUAUGAGGUAGCUGUGCCUCUCUGCAAGCAGGCGCUAGAAGAUCUGGAGAAGACUUCGGGCCACGACCACCCUGAUGUGGCCACAAUGCUGAACAUUCUGGCUUUAGUAUAUAGGGAUCAGAACAAAUACAAAGAGGCAGCUCACCUGCUGAAUGAUGCACUAUCUAUUAGGGAGAAGACGCUUGGCAAGGAUCACCCUGCGGUGGCAGCAACCCUGAACAACCUGGCUGUUCUCUAUGGCAAAAGGGGAAAAUACAAGGAGGCAGAACCAUUAUGCAAGCGAGCGCUGGAGAUCCGUGAAAAGGUUCUAGGCAAAGAUCACCCAGAUGUGGCCAAACAGUUGAAUAAUCUGGCACUACUGUGCCAGAAUCAGGGCAAGUAUGAAGAGGUGGAAUAUUACUAUCGCCGGGCGUUGGAGAUCUACGAGUCCCGCCUGGGUCCUGAUGAUCCAAAUGUUGCCAAAACGAAGAACAACCUGGCCUCCUGCUAUCUGAAACAAGGCAAAUACAAGGAUGCAGAGGUCCUCUACAAAGAGAUUCUCACCCGAGCCCAUGUGAAGGAGUUUGGCUCUGUAGAUGAUGAACACAAACCUAUAUGGAUGCAUGCAGAAGAAAGAGAAGAGAUGAGCAAGGGCAAGCACAGAGACAACACCCCUUACGCAGAGUAUGGUGGCUGGUACAAGGCCUGUAAAGUUAGCAGCCCCACUGUGAACACCACCCUGCGGAACCUGGGCGCAUUAUACAGGCGUCAAGGCAAACUGGAAGCUGCAGAAACUUUGGAGGAGUGUGCUGUGAGGUCACGGAGACAGGGAAUCGACCCCAUUAACCAGACCAAGGUGGUAGAGAUUCUGAAAGAGGGUGACAGCUCUGAGAGGAGGAGGAGCAGCCUGGGAGCCAACGUCAAAUACGAGAGCGCCACAUAUGGUAGCGAGGAAGUGAGUAUGGGCGUGGAAUGGAAUGGGGAUGGUACUGGUGCCCUCCGCCGCAGCGGUUCAGUAGGAAAGAUUCGGGAUAUGAUAAGGAGGAGUAGUGAAUUGCUGGUCAAGAAGCUGCAAGGGAAUGGCCCUCUGGAGCCAAGGAACACAAACAUGAAAAGAGCAGCUUCAUUGAACUACCUACAUAAGUCAAGUGAGGAUUCCUUCCAGAAUACUCAAGGUCUUCGGGCUGAAAGCAGAGGCUUCAGUGCAAGCAGCGUGGAUCUUUCCUCUCACAGCUCUUUGGUUACCACCAGCUGAACUUACCACUACAGCCAUCUCUUCAACCCAUCUCAGAUGCUGACUGAUUCACAUACUCCUACUACAUCUCAAACUGAUCACCAUUUUGGAUAUUUUAGCUGCAAUCUCCUCACACAUUAGAACUCUGCUGUCUCUUAUGCUAAUAUCACUAUUUGUGGAAAAGAAGAGUAUGUUGUAAAUGGGAGAAAUGAAUCAAUAUGGGACCACUGCCAGAUUAGAAAGAGGAGCUCCCUGCUGCUAUACUUGUGGAUUUGCAGCUCUGAUGAAUGCACUUAUCACCAUGUUUGCAAGUUGUAUAUUAUUGAUUGCACAGAAUGAGCUCCAGUAGCUCUCACUUGAAGCACUGGCUCUCUGAGCUGAGGUACAGUCUUAUCUCUUUCCUAGUGUAGACCCUUUCCACAGUACAGCACUGCGAAUUGGAGUUCCUCUCCCAUUGUGCUCUCAAGCUGGCCUACUCACUCCUUCAGUGCCUGCUCCCAAACCUGUAUAUUUCCUGGUAACACCUAUUUUUUGCACUGUAUCAUCCCAUCUUCUUGCAGCCUUGUGUGGUGAGGUCCUUCCCAAAUGAAUAUCCUUGCUUCUAGGAAAUGUACUUCUGAAGCAGACAGA